AAUCUCGGGCGCUCCAAAAAACCCUAGCCGCACGGGGAGAGGAAGACCUGUAGAUUGGAGAGGAUGACGACAAGGUUCAAGAAGAACAGGAAGAAGCGUGGUCACGUCUCCGCCGGUCACGGUCGUAUCGGGAAGCACCGGAAGCAUCCCGGAGGUCGUGGAAAUGCUGGAGGCAUGCACCAUCACCGUAUCCUCUUCGACAAGUACCAUCCCGGUUACUUCGGGAAGGUUGGGAUGAGGUACUUUCACAAGUUGAGGAACAAGUUCCAUUGCCCCAUCGUGAAUCUGGACAAGCUAUGGUCGCUCGUGCCUCAAGAGGUGAAGGACAAGGCCACCAAGGACAACGCUCCCUUGAUCGACGUUACUCAGUUUGGAUACUUCAAGGUGUUGGGGAAAGGUGUGUUGCCGGAGAACAAGCCUAUCGUCGUGAAGGCGAAGUUGGUGUCUAAAAACGCCGAGAAGAAGAUAAAGGAGGCUGGUGGCGCCGUCGUUCUCACCGCCUAGGUCAGGCAAUUUUCCUCCUUCCAUUUCCCUUUUAAGUUUCUGGUGGACUCGUUUUGGUGUUCCGUUUUAAUCGAGAUCUCGAUUGUAGAACCUUUAUCGGAUCUGAUACAUGUCAUUGUUCAGAUUUCAGAGUUGAUAUGAUUAGUUUCUAUCGUUGCAAUAUUCAGACUUUUUGCA